AUGCGGAAGAAGGGUAGCGGCUUCAUUGGGGGGAAAUUAAAUUUAAAAAUAAAGAAAAAAAAAAAAUCCGAAAAAAAGGAAGUAGUAGUUCGCCAGGAACAAGCUAAGCAUCAUGUGGAUAGUCAUGCACAUAAUUGCGAAGAAAUUCACGAUAAGGGAAUGACUUCAUCAGAACAGGAUGGAAAAAUAGAUGGAUCCGAAAAAGUUUUAAAAGGAAAAGGACGAGUAACAGCAGAGAAAAAUACAGUCCAUGGAAUAAGAACGGAAUUUAUAACUGAAGUAAAAGAAGGUUACGACAUAAUUUUGGAGAAUCCAUCAACUUUUCGAAAUGAACGAAGAACUGUAAUUUCCGUUUUGACUAACAAGACGUUAGUUGUCCAUGAGGAUUUUACAACAGACAUAAGUACCACCUGUACCUUCUACAUUGUUCCUCGUGAAGUAUCCCCUGGGAAAUCAGGGACACAUGCUUCCGUGGAGUAUGCGAAAGUUCUUGAACAAGUGCCCAAGCAGGAUCAGGUCGAGGUACGAGAAAAGAGCGGUCUCUGGUCAUACAAAGUUGUGAAGAAAAAGGUGGAUGGCCGACUCACAAACGAGCAGAAGUUAGACAUGCGCGUGAAAAGUGGUCGAGAUAAGUUCUGCUGGUAG